AUGUAUAAAAACGAGCAAUAUGUCGGGCCCAGGUUUCCACCUGGGAAGGAAUUUUCGUUCGACGAAAUCUUCGAGGAACAUGACCUUGAUAUCAAGCACAACAAAUUUGGUUUGAAACGAGAUAUGCGAUUUAUGAGUGAACGUAUUAUUAUGGAAUAUUCGCCGGAUGAAUUCUUUUCGGUUCGCGAAAUUGUUCAUCCAAUGUCCGCAAAUCGUACGUCACAUCCAUUCGCACAAGCAAAACUUGUGAACAGUGACGACGAAUACGUCACUUCGCUAGAUUUUCAUGAGCAGCCAAAUUAUUUUCCAUAUGCCAAAAGUGAUGGAGAAGUUCGCCUGAUUCGCUACAUUUCGAGUUUUGAUGAUUUUAAUUUCGCAAAAUUGUCUACGCAACAUUUGUUUCAACUUCCGGGAGAAAUAAUCAAACAUCUACGACAUGGCAGAAUGGAUAAAGGCAUUGUUGCCAUGAAUCAUUAUAAACUAAAAGAGCCGGAUAAACAUACAUUGACAUGUUUCGACUUAAUCCGACCUAAGCAGCCGAUAUCCAUCUACCACAAUUCGGAGCCAUUCAACGAGGUUAUUUGGUUGUAUACGAAUGAGGUGACCAUUGCCCUUGCCGAUGAUCGUUCCAUUAGAAUAACCGAUAUUCGUGAUCCAAAAUCAUAUCGAGCAUUAUUUCUUCCGGUGAGCCCCAAGAUCAUCACAACGAUAGCAUCCAGAGUAAACGAAAUAACUGCAUAUGCCGAAGGAAGAAUUCUUUUAUUUGAUGUGCGACGUCUCGAUUUUCCAUGCCGACAAUACCAUUUAGAUUUUUUAUCUGAUGAAGAGACUAUAAUCGAUAUGCGGUAUAAUCCAUUUAUGUCGAGAAAAUUAGCAGUUCAAACGAGUUCUAUGAAAUUGUAUGCAUUGGAUAUAGAAGAUGGACCAGAAAUGACUAUUUUUGGCAAACACGAGAGAGUUAUUAAAGAAUUCAAUCGCAUAUCAUUUAAGCAUCUUGACAGAAAAUUGUACAUGAGAUAUCACAAGGAUUCAAGGGACAAAUUGUUCUUUAACACUGGAGGGGAAAUCGAUUUUCUCAAUUAUGAUGAACAUUAUGCAAUGGCUAAAAUUGAUAGUGGUAUAACCCUUCCAUCGGCUUACGCGGACCCACUAUCUUAUAAUACUAUAACGGAAAACUUGACCGAAGAACAACUGCACGAUCCUCAUUAUAUGGAGAGAAUUCGAGACGCAGCCCUUGCUGCCGAAGAAGGUGGUUUGCUGAAACCAAAAAUUUUGCACUCGAAAGACGAUGUAAUCGCAUUUGAUUUUACUUAUCCUGGAGUAAGCGGAAUUAUGUCGUUGCGCUCAAGCACAAUGGUAUACGAUCUGCAACAUCUUCCUGAAGACAUAUAUUAUUCAUCAGUGCGGAAUGCCGAAGCAACGGCGUUUAAAAUUCGACAGAUGCAAGUACGCGAGAUGAUCCCUUCGUAUUAUCUUUUUGAAAUGUUUCAUCGCAUUGAAGCUGGUUGGACUGCUUUGUACAAAGAAACCAAAUUAAUCAAUUUAAUUUAUGCCAUAUGUGAACAAUACCGAAGCGAUUUUUGGAGACAUUGGUUAAUGAAUGCUGGUUAUAUGCAAUAUGGAGGAAACGAGUUUCGCGAUUUGAAGGAACAUCCAAAUUUGCCAAAUCUUCCUCCAGUCAUGCCGAAUCUUGGAGUUGCGCUUUUAUCGCCUGAUGAACAAGCCACUGCUCAAAGUGAAGUGCUGCGAAUGCUCUCGCCAUUCUUUCACUUGUUCUUCCCAAAUCCUUCUGAUGACAUGAUACAAGAGGAAGAUGACUCCGAGGAUGGAAACGAAGAUAAUGAUUCGAAUUUUGACGACAUUCCAGUUAGAAAAGACGAGGAACUCAGAUUUGUGACAUCUGGUGGUUAUGCUGUAGUUGGAGUUCGAAAGAAAAUGAAAUCCCUGUUUCGUGGUGCUUUUAUGCAUCGAUUAUCUGACGAAGACGAUAUUCUCCACAUUGUAUUAAAAGCAGCCAGAAAAAGCAGAAAUUAUUACAAUCAUAUGCGGAAGCAACUUUUUCUUAAUAAAAAAGUUUUCAAGCCAGUGCGAAGACCUCCACCAAGACGCCUACCGAUUCCACCCCGAAAAAUUGCGCCGCCGCCAAGUGCACAUCCAUUGCUUCAAGGAUUGAAUGCCGCAACCAAAGAAGUCAUCAAGCUUAUGUAUGCCACUGAGCCACUACGAAUGAGGAAAUAUGUACCAAUAAGGCUCACGGAACGUUUUUUUAUUGAGAAGCUGAGAAGCGCUACAACACGAUUUAUUGCAAAUAAACGGAAUACCGUGAUGAAUGGAAUGUACCCAGAACACAAUAAAAACACUGUGAUUGACAUCAACGAGAAGCAUUGCGCCGACUUGAAGACAGCCAUGUUGCGAGCGCGAAGAAGUGCUUGGCCAACAUUCUACGAUUUCGACUUUUUCUAUUCAAAAUUGUGCAGGAAAUCGCAACUGCUUAUUGCUGCUGCCAAUAUGUACAACAAAGUCUGCCCAUCGCCGUUUGUUAAAGCUAGAGACAUUCAAUCGGCACCAGCAUAUCUUGAAAAGAAGUCCAAGACUGUCAGAAUUGAUAAAUUUGUGGUGUUUCGAGACCAACAACGCCUGUACGGGCGAAGAAUAAGAGAUGAGGCGUUGAUCAAGAAAGUUCGAUGGUCAGAUAUGAGGCACGAUUUCGACGAACAUAGAUGGAAUCAUAGGCCUGCUCAACUAGCCGGAGAAAUAAUUUGCUGCAGACCUCCGUCAACAGAAGAAGAUGAUUCGGAGUAUGAGAAGGACUGGGAGAAGCCAUACAAGCAUACUCUCUCAGUGAGGCACUACAUGAAGGAUGAAAAGGAAUUUGAAAUCACCAGAGGAAAAGUGAUGGAUUUUUUUGAGAAAACUAUCAUGGAACUGCCAUGCGGAAAGUUUAUGCAGCGAAAGAAUCAUCCAAUAACAGCUGACACGGAGGUUACUCCGACGUCGUCCGAUUGUGAGAGGCAGAAGGCAGAACGUCAAAGACUUUUGGACAGUCAAAAAGAGGCCGGAAUGACGGAUGAAACUGAUCCACCACAAAUGUUGAUUGGAGAACGAGGAUACGAUACAAAAGGAGUAUAUUACGUGUCACCGAGAAUGUUCAAAAAAGUCAACUAUGUUAAAGAAAUCAAACCUACGAUCAAGGAAGCGAAUCCAGUAACGAAAAUACAAAGAUUCAUAUCGUUCAACCCAGUAAAAGCUUAUGAGGAUCCUUUAGCAAAAUUAGCGAAUCGAGAGCCACUGUGGAAAGCGAUGAAGAGGGCAAAAGAAAAUGCGAAGAAAAAACGAAAGAUUAUAUUGAAGAAGAGACCGAAAAAGAUUGUGAGAUUGCGAAAUGUCAUGAAUUUUUUGAAAAAAGUGAAGCCCGUUUAUAUAGAAAGAAAUCCUCGAAAGAAAAUUGAAACGAAGAAAGUCGAAGCGAAACCAUUAGAAAAAGAAAAGGACUCAUCAACGAGAAGCAGACAGAAGCGAUCAAAAAAAGAGGAAACUAAAAAGGAGAAGAAAAAGGCAAAAGAAACGAAAAUGAUGCCGGAAAUACAAGCGUUUUUUGGAGCAAUGGAGCGUAACUUUCCAAAAGUUGAAAAGAAGCAUGUUAAAGAGAAGAAACCUGAUGAGACACCUAAGAACAAGCCUGAGAUGGAUCUUUCAAAAAGAAAAAAGAAGCUCACCAAAAAAAGGCAAAAAGUGAAAUUUGACCUUCAAAAACCGUGGAUACGUCCUGAAGAACCUGAACCGCAGCCUGAUGUCGAUCCUAAGAAAUUGGAAGCUCUUCGGAACAAUACGCUUAAAGGACACAGAGCAUCGGUGUUCUUUUUUUGCAGUUCUGAUUCAUCCCUUGAGGAAAUAAAACCUAAGGUGGAAACACGGAGAUUUGACGAAAACGAAGUGGUAACAAUAGUUAGUAAGCCGGCAUACAAUUUACUGGUUCCAACCCGUUACAAGAAAAAGAAACGAGUGGAUUUAACUAGUAUUGAUGAACUUGCCAAACGGUUGAAAUCUCCGAAAAAGGUUAAAUUAAAGAAAACGAGGCGAAAACGCGAAGUAACCAACGAACCAUCAAAAAAUGCAAUUCAAAAUCCGUUGCUUCGAAAACCAUCGCAGAAAUAUCGCUUCCAACGCGGUUUUUGGAAACUCUUGCGAGUUGCUGGCCAGCAAGUCAAUUGUACAUUCGAUCGGCCAAAAUUUCCGCUACCUCCGCCACCAGAAAAAUCAGCGAUGAAGAAAAAGAAGCCUCCACUGGUUGAAGUUUAUCGACGCCCUCCAAUAACAAUGGAAUAUCAUCCGAAAAAGCUGAAGACGUUGGUCAAUCCGAGAAGAGAUCCACUGUUAUUCAUUGCGACGUACACUAAAAACAUUGCGAAAUUGUGGAACAGCAUCCGCCCUACUGAUGACAUUGAUGAACUGCCAGAGAAAAAAAGAGUACGACUACCACCUCGAGAAUUUUUGAAUUACUUCAAAUUUGAAGAAAGCUCAGGCACCGAUUCUGCUGAUGAAGAUCACCAACUAAUAAACAAAAGAAAAGACAAAACGCGAGUGCGCAAAAAACUGCCUAACGAUCUAUCCAGUGAAAAUUCCGAGGAUGUUUCUCAAGAAUCUUCUAGCGAUUCUCACGAUUGCUCUGUCGCAACUGAUUCGUCUGAUUCGACCGGUUCUACUGACUCUUCUGAAGAAAUUGAAGCAUUUUUGGACAAGCUUUCCCAUGGAUUCGUGAAAAAUAAUUUUGGCGAAUAUUAUCCAGCAUAUUGCUCAAGAAAUGGAAAAGUUAUUCCGGUAGCCUCCUCAGAAGAUUUUUCCGAGGAUUCCUCAAGCAAUUCUGUGAAUCAUGAAAUGCUGAAGAGAUCGAGAAAAAAAGCUCAGAAAAGUAGAGAGAAACGAUGUGAUUCAAUGAUUCAUGAAUCAGAUGCUGACUCUACCACACAAAUCGUCAUUGAAUCCAGUAUAGAAUCAGACACCGAUUGCAGAAAAGGCUCAAGAAAAAUCACUCGAAAAAACGUAAGGACUGAUGGAAGCUCAGAAUCCAGCACUGACACCGACAAAGUAUCAAUUACGGAUUCGGAAGAAAAUAAUAAUGACGACAUCGGUAUAAAUUUGGAUGCUUCUAUGGAUGUCGAUUUGUGGAUGGCGAUAAUGGUUCUUAAAAAGAAAAUAUCAAACUCGAAGGAACGAAAACGUCAAGAGCUGAAAAGAAAACUGGCAUAUCCAAAUAAUUAUCCGUUUGUCUACGACCAAUCCGAUACUUCAUACUAUCCAAGGCUCAAGUACAUGAAAGGUGCUGAAAAAGGAGAGUUCAAACGAUAUCUUGACCUACGUCAUCGACGACUUUUUUCAAAACUCACGAUAGAAGAAUAUCAAGCGAAAUUGAAGAGGCAAUAUAUUCGCAGAAGGAAGAAGAUGUACGCGAGAAGGAAACAGAGCGUUGAACCUUGGGAAACCCAUUCGCGCUAUCGAAUAGAGAAGAAAAGAAAUCGCAAAUUGAAGAUGGAAAUGAGAGAGAAGAUCCGACAAGAAAACAAAGAGAAGACGAAGGAGUCGAUCCUCAGGGUUAAAAAACUGCUCUACAGAGGCAAAAAUGGAUAUGAGAGAGAGCCCGUGACUAUCACACAGAUUGAUCAAAGACAAACAUUGAUCAACUCAAUUGAUGUCCAACUUCCCAUUUCAUACUGGGAGUCGAAACAAGAAUCUGUGAAAUUGCUGGAAUUUGACGGAUACAAGAAGCAAUAUUCUCAAAAUAUCAAGAAAAAGAAAGAAUUUAACGCUUACAAAAAAUAUGGAUUAAACCAAUAUACAUAUGAUCGGGCGUUGAUUCUUAAAAAGACGUUUGUUUCUCUUCCUGAUGUGAACUUAUGCGAUAGGUAUCGCUUCCCAGUUAGCUUUUUGCGCAAAUCAUUAUCAUUAAACGAUUUGACAUAUGAAGAAAACGAUGAAAUGAAAAGUUAUUUGUCAAUGGAAGAACUUCCACCCUCUCAGAACAUCUCUGAAAAUUUCCAAAGAUGGGAUGUAGCAGAACAGAUAACAACAAUGAGUGGAGCAGAAUUAGACGAGGAAAAUAUUAAUGGAGAUGAUGUUAGAGCGCUUGAAACUGAAUCUAGGGCGGAAGAAGUGAUUCAUGAGGCGGAACAAUCUCGACUUCCAGAAUCAAAUCAAUUUAUGGAAUGUUCGCCAGAUUAUUGUCAACCUCUAGCAUCCGGAACAUCCCAAGAUGUUUUCAAAAAGCCUGAUUAUCCUUUGUUGAGCAGUAUGGAAACGGUACCAUACAGCUCUGAAGAGUCGGAAAAAUAUCAACUGUCUCGCUACGUUCCGAUUAUAAAUCAGUGGUAUACCCCAAUUAUUCGAAAUAUCGAUGAGAAUGGUGUGAGGACAAUUAUCAAAGUUUUACCUGAUCCAGGACCGCCUCGUUUCCGUCAUUAUGUUGGCGAUUUGGCUAAUAUUCCAUUUAACGAAGAUUCCGAAGCUGAAGAUUACAUGGUUCCAGAAGAUCAUUUUGAUUAUGGAAGAAGGAAACGCCGUUUGGAGGAAAAAGAAAUAAUGAAGAACGUUAUACCAGAAGGAAUGCAGCCAGAAGAUCCAGAAGUUCGGGCUAUGUUCGUCAAUAUGAGGCUUCAUCUAGUAACGCAAAGCAAAAUAGAAUAUUUCAAAGAAGUCGGAAAAAAUAUGCGAAGACUAAUUGAUUCCUUUAAUAAUGUGCAAAUGUUGGGAAAACAUUAUUACAGUUCAUUCACAACAAUGUCAUUUGAAGCCGUUUCUGAGCGAUUCAACAAAAUGCACAACAGAGUAUAUUUGACAUUAGAUGAUCCUCCAAAGUAUUACGACGAUGAAGCCGAGUUGAAAGCGUUAAGGGAUCUAUGUGAAAAUGAGUUUGCGUUGAUGCCGUCGAGAGGAAAAUGGUCGAUAAAAAAUGUUGUUCGCAAUAAGGUUUAUUACGAUUCGUCGUCGCAAGAGGAAACACCAGCUCAAGAGUUUGCCCGCAAGAAGGCCGAAUAUCUUGAACGAAAAAGAAAAGCAAAACGUCUUGAAAAAAGAUUGAUUAGGCAUGAAGAACAAAAUCGAAAAAAGAAAUUUGCGAAGCUUUUGCCUAAUUCAAUCCUUAAAACUAAAACAGUUUGGGCGUUGUUUGAUGCGUUGGAGUUCUACUUAAAGACAUAUGAUAUGUUUGCAUUUAAAAUGUUAAUUGGAAAGAUGUGCCACAAAUGCGGCAAUAAUAUGUUUACAUACGGAUGCGUUCUCCGACAUGUUUCAUGCAGAUAUAAAGAUCGAAUGAUGCACUCCUUAUUCAAAUUUCGAAAAUAUCGUAGAUGGCGAAAAUCGGAAGCGGUGUGCAGAGAUUUCCGAAUUUACCAUCCAGAAAACUUGAUGCCGUUAGUUAAAAAAGCCGUGAAUGAGUUGAAUAUGUGCUUACCGGAAGAACACUAUCUUGGAGAGAUUAUUAGUGCCGUUGACGAAUCGCAAUUUAUUACUGGACAAGAUUUCUUUGUUGCUGAAUUGAUCAAACGAGAAUUUGACUUUUGCGAGAUGAUCGCCCAGGAAGAUCGAGAAACGGAGAAAGAAGUUGCUGAUAGUUUCAAGGAGGCUAUGCUUAGAGAUGGAAAUCCAAUGGAGGUCAUAAUGUACCAGAAACGAAUGACCGAAGAUAAUGAGCUGGAGUUUGUGAAGUUCAGGCAUAAAAAAACCGGCCGAAUAAUACGAAAGUGGGCCAACAUGAAGCAGCUACGCGAACAGGCAGAGCAAGCACGGUUAAAAAGACUUGAAGCAACAAUGCAAAAAUUGGAAGACGUGCAACUCGCCGAAGAUUUGAAGAACGACGAUGAUUUUUCCAUUUCGGACAGUGGCACGAAUGAAACUGUCAUAUUCAACAAAUACGCCAACCUUCCUCCGUUGCGUCACAAACGUGUGGAAAUCUUACGCCAAUCUGAAAGCAAGAAAGAGUACAAUGCUGACGUCCAUUAUCCCGUGAUUCCAAAGGUUGUGAAGAAAAGAAAAAAUAAGAAAAAACAGAUAGAGUAUUAUAAGUGGCUCAUUUAUGAUGAGCUGCAUUAUCUUUUACUCGAAAGCGACGCCAUGUUUUCGAAGGAAGCUGUGACAGACAUGCUAAAUGGAAUUGAGGACGAUGAACUCCCAAACAUGACAGAUGAGGACAAAGUGUUGUGGAAGAAGGUCCGAGACAAAAUCGAAAAGCCUGACCGAAACCGAUAUCCCGUGCAAAAGUUUUAUCGGAAAGCGAAAAAGAUUAGGAGAGAAUAUGAAUCCGAUCUCAACAAUCUCGUCAUUAUGAGAGUUCACUUCAAUGAAAACGAACGCGAGAUUUUGAAAAUUGAAGAUAGAUGCGAAAUUGAAGAGGAGGACAGAAUGAAAAUCGAAGAAUUCGAGAAGUUGCAAAAAGAGAGGACAUUAAAAAAAUUGCGAAAACGGAAUGAAGACAAAUUUGAUCAUUUGGUUCGAAUGGUAAAAAUCGCCAGACAAGCUGAAAAGACUCGCCGCAUUUAUGAAGGAAAGGAGCCGCCGCAAGAGAAGCGAAAACUUAAAAAGCCAAUGCCAAUACUGCGAAAAUGUCAUAGAUGCCCUCUCGAAUUUUUCAUUACGGUUGAAAAUCUAGAGAUAUUAAAAAGAGAUGAAGAAGAAGCGGAAAGAAAAAAAAAUGCAGGAGAAGAAGAUGAAGUGAAUGCUGAAAAAACAGAAGAUGCGGCCAAAGUGGAAACCAAACAAGAAGAAGAGAAAGUCGUUGAAAUAGUAGACAAACCAGCGCUUGAACCAUCGGCAGAGGUCAAAGAAUCAACACCAGAAACAAAUUUGGCAUUCUUAGACGUAUACGAGGAAAUACCGGAAGACUAUGAUGAGUCUGAAACUCAGAAGGACACCAAAAACUCUCUGCAACUCAUUAUGGAGGAAAGAGAGCUCGAGAAUCCGCCGAAAAACGAUGAAGAAGUUAAAGCUCCUGAUGGCAAUAGAAAAAUACGUCACGUUUAUAUGCAUACUGCGAAUCUUAGAAGUCUCAUGCUUCGUUCAUAUUGUCGCAUUUGCGGCCAGAAGUUUCCAAAGCAAUGGUCAUAUCUACCAAAAUUCUUGCGAUUGAGCAUGACAUUGCAUUACUUCAAAAUUUUCAAACCUCUCCCAGUGAAAAAUUGCCUACAAUUGGUGACGUUGCAUAUGCUUGGCGAAAAUCAUGCUGUUGUCGUGUUGUCAGAUAGGCUUAUCAAUAUUCGAAAGAACUGUUUGGAUAAGAUGAAAACUCGGGAGGAAUUGCUUGAAGAAAAACGACUUGCUAGAAAAAGAAGAGCAUUAGCAUUAAAGAAGAGAAGAAUCAAACGGGCAAGACAAAGAAAACGAGCUUUAGCUGCUGCAAAAGCUGCUGCUGCUGCACGGCCUGUUGUUGAACAAUUACAAUUCGCCCCCGAAGACAUCAUUGAAUAUAUUGGACGUGUCGAAACUCCAACAAUGGCAUUGAAAAGAAAAUUUGUUCCCAUUUUGAGGCCUAUCAAGAAAUUCUUUUCACGUAAAUCAAGGGACGCAGAAUCAACGGUUGCAGCUCCGCAAAACGAAAACGAACCGCAACCGAGCACAUCAACUGGCCAACCAUCGUCAUCGUCGGUUAUCGUCGCAAAAUCAGAGUCCAAAUCAGCCCCCUCUACCCCGACUCCACUCUCGACGAAAGAAAAAGUUCCAGUCAAAAUUCCGACAAAAUCACAAUCGCAAGGAUCAUCGGCGGAAGACAUAUUAGCAUUGCUUCAAAGUAAUCCAAAUGAACUUUUGGAGCCCGUCAAGCCACCAGCGCCAAAACAACCUGAAAAUCCGCCGCCGCCGCCGCCACCACCCAAAAAACCGAAACCAGCAGCAAAAAUUAAAGAUCCAUUAUCAGCGUCAUGUGAACGGAAUGGGCGUUUGUUGAGCACAGAAGAAUAUACCCAACUUUUACAAAAAAUGCUAGCCAAACCAGUGAAAGUGUACAGGAAGCGCAGGAGAAGAAGGUGGAGAAGAAACAGACUAGGUCGCACUUGCUCAUGGAUAGAAUCACAAGUUGGACCCGAAUCAAAAUUCAACAAUCGGUACAAGUAUGUGGAAAUGGAGAAGUUUGAGCACAAAACAGUAUCUCAAAUAUUGGAUGAGAAAUACGAACUGACGCAACAAAAGGAUCCGGAUUUUGUUGUCGGAAAUUUUUUGGAAGAAAUUGAAAACGAAAUCGCUCGAAAACAAGAACUGCAAAAAAAGCUUGACGAGUUGCAGACGGAGGAGCAAAAAAAUUUUUAUCGAUUUGCGAAACAUUUUAAAACGAAACGACGUCGGAACAAAGUGCGUCACCAAUGCACUCCAUUGAAACGGCAGGUCAAACGAAUUCUUCGAAUCAGAAAGGAAUGGAAAAGGAAAUUAAGAGCAUUAAGAAAAACCGAAGUGAAGGAACCAGAGCCAGAAGCUUUCGAAUAUAAACGAACAAAACCAAAACGAACCUUGUUCGAGCACUUUAUGCGAUUAAGCAAAAAAUAUACACGGCAGGCGAUCAAAGAUACACGACAAGGACGUGCUCCGCUCAUGUAUUACGGACUGAAAAGCAUUCUGAGGCAUAAAAUGCACUUGUUCAUGGAAUAUCGACGCUCCAUUAUUCGCAACUUUUUGAUUUUGCUGCACUGCAACAACAUUGUUUGGAUCGAUCGAAACUACUUCCAAAUGACUUAUAAGAAUUUGAAAAAGGAUAAAGUGAGCAAGAAAUUGCUGAAAUUGAGGGAAAGAAUGGAUGUUGCUGUUCCUCUCAUUGCAGCAAAUGCUUUGAAAACGGCAAUUCGCAGGAAAUUGAAUUACGGCGAUUAUGUGGAGAUUAAGCAUCGGGUUAAUUCUUAUGCAAUCCAAAAAUCGCCGGCGUCGAUGCGAAGUUGGAGUGCUGAUGACUUCUUUAAGAUUCGAGAUUUGAAUCGAAACCGAAUGUUGCCUAAAAAGUUUAAUGAAGAAGAAAAUCAAAGAGACACCGAUGUGGAUGUCACCCCAGAUUCAUCUCUAAACGAGACAAUGUCACUGUAUUCCGAAGAGUCUGAAUAUCCUUUCCCUGAUCAACUUGAAGACAAUUUCUGGAGUCAAAGAAGCGAGCAAUCACUAUUCAAUGUCAAAGGAAUACCAGGCCUUUUUUUCUUGGCACGGCUAGUUCAUGAAAGAGUUGGAGAAGGUUCCGCUCGGAAUUUUAAAUUCACUGGUAUUAUCUUCCAAAACUAUCCUCGGGAGGUAUAUAUUACUCCUGUUCGCGAAAUGAUGUGUCGAUCUGUUGGAAUUCGGUCUCCGUCGAAAUUCAAAGCUGCGAUUGUUGACUCGGUUACUAUUUCAAGACCUCGAAAGAUUAUUCGCAGCCUUUUUGAAGCAUUAUGCUAUGGAAGAGGAUGGAAACUUUAUCAAAUGGUUGACAAAAUGUCGUUGUAUCUUGGAGAACCAUUGAAAUCAUAUAGACCACUUGGUCUGAUGGCUCAAACUUAUGUGGUAAUAAUGCUGUUCAAAGAGUUGUACCCAAUCUUGACGGGUGAAGAUAAAGAGGAGUUCGCGAACGAAUUGAAAGAUGAUAUAUUUAUGUAUUAUCCGGAUAUCUGCCCUGAAUCGGAAAGCGAAGAUGAAGAAACUCCUGGCGUCAAUAAAAAAAUACCUUGGACAAUGAAAGAUUGGCUGGGUUUUGUCGCACAUUAUUUGAAUAUUGCUAGAAAAAAUGAAAGGUAUAUUUUACCCGAAGUCAUUGCAUGCCUCUUGUUUAUGCAAGCGGUUGCGUCCAACAAACCCAUUAAAGAAUUCGCCCCUGAAAUUUUGGCGCUGAAGCUACCAAUAUUGUUGAAAUUGAGAUUUAUUAUCAAUUUGAGUGCUCACGAUGAAAUUGUUAAUGAUAUGAUGUAUUUGUAUGGAAUGGUGCAUGGACUAGAUCGGCUACCAUUUGUUGGUCUUGGACAUCAUCCCGAUUCGAUGCGGGUUCUUUUUGAAGAAUCCAUAUUGCACAAUGAUGUUCAGUUGCUCGUGCACUUAAUGUUAAUUGGUCAGGUUUUGGAUGGCGAUUCAGAGGUUGAAAUGUGGCCGGAAGUUGGUACAGAACAUGAAAGAAAAAGAAACAUUGCUGAUUUAAUUGCGAAAAUGCUUGGCAAAGGUGAUAUGAAGAUUUCCGGGCCUCCUACUUUCGAUCAAAUAUUCCCAAUGACAUUCUUGCCGGAGGAUUUGACACCAGGAUCUCCAAAGACAAGCAAAGAUUGGGUUCCAUAUCUUCAAUGUGAGAUAACCAAGUACUUGGUGAUGGUUGAGUAUAUGAAAGAAAUUCCCACCAUCAAUGGGACAGACUUUAUAGCAAACGGAGGAAAUCAGGAAGCUGAAACUAUUGAUUAUGAAAUCCAAUGUAACCUCUGCCAUACAGGAGUUUUUGAAACUGCUCAACUUGGAAAAAUUGGAGAAGAAAUCACCAUGGAACUUAUUGAGCCCCAAGAACGAAUCAAACACAAAAAGAAUAUUAUUCAUUCGAGAAUGUGCGCAAUUCGAGAUAUGGAAAAUAUUACAAAAGUUCCAUUUGUGUCGCCGAUUUCGCAGAUCGAUAUUAAAACCGAAAGAGAUUUAAAUUGCAAUCAUGGAGGCCACGUUCGUCACAUGAUUCAAUGGUUUGAAACUGAAAAGCAAUGUGCCGUCAACUUGUGUGAAUGCAGAUGCGCGGACCUGACAUAUUCAUAUGAGAGGAUUGACAACCUCAAGAGAGGAAUUAGGGAACGAGCAAACAUGAGAGUGAAAUCUCAUAUUUGUAAUCCGGAGUGUGCUGACACGUCGAGCGAAGACGAACAAAAAGAAGACGAUCACCUUGCUCUUUAA